UUCUCACCAUGACUCUGUGUGGCUGGAGAUUAUUAGACUGCACAUGGACUGAUACUACUGAAAAAUGCCAUCUGGUGGUUUGAUUAAAUAGUAACUGUCUCCUACAUAUACCAAAUAUCUCAUACUGAACAUACAGGGUCAACAGCGAUUUCACUUGGCUAUGUAUCACCUAUUUCAUUUGUCCACAGUCUGUUAUCCCCAGAAACAAUGUAGUAAUGAUGGAGUAAUUACCUGUCUGGAUAAUAUAAAGGUGUCAUUUUUGAUGUAUGUUAAGGAGGACUAAAAUGUCUUAAUCAUCAAAAAUUUAAUCAAUCCAUAAAUCACAUCAUUAUAUGUAGAUAAAUGGUAAAAUGAAGACAAAAAACUGAAAUAAAUCAAUUAAUGAAUCAUUAAAUAGAUUUUCUUAAUCACAGUAAUAAAUGUACAACUAAAUUUUGGAAGUUAGGUGGUAUUAACCUUACUGUAAGGCAAAAGUGGAGCUGUACCAAAUACCUCAUUAACGUAAAGGCACAGACAGACAGAUUUGUAUAAGUAAUGUUUAUUCAUUUCCUAAUUAACUACCUACAUUUAUUUGGCAGGCCUAAAAAGUGACUUAUUGGCAACAAAUAUUUAAGUAAAUAUGUGGAUAAAAGCUUGAAUAAAUACACUGGUAAAUAAACUCAUAUUUUAAGCUGCUUAAUAAAUAUAAUUAACAAUAAAUACAAGCUGUAAAUAAUUAAUUAAAUUAAAUUCCUGCAUUUUCAUAUUUUAUAAUUUAAUUGCCAACACUUAAGACAUGGUAAGUAUGCAUAUUAUUUAUUUAUAUUCGCUUUUAUCUAUUGUUUCAUUUUAUAAUUAAAAUAUUUAUUAAUUGAAAGGUUCAUGUAUUUAUUUCAGCAUAUAAUUUUCGUCCUCCAUACAAUAUGAUGACGUGUGUCGUGUAUUACACUCACACUUAGCAACACACAGCAGACAACAUGAGAGCAGAUGGAGGUUAGCUACUUGAACUAUUGCUGAAAACAUUCAGGCGUUAGCUAGCGAAAUUUUAUGUAAAAGCGAUUUAGAGCCAAAAAGACCGUAUAAAAGUGUCAGGACGUCUGUAAUCCAUGCAGCAAAGCUAUGCAAAAGUGCGACUCCGGUGGGACUCGAACCCACAACCUUUGAAUCACUGCUCAAGUGCUUGACUAGAAGUCCAAUGCGCUAUCCAUUGCGCCACGGAGCCACCUGUUGAUGAACGACGCACAACCGGAAAUAAACUUUAACUCGACACGUCACAUUUCGUCAUCGAUUAAACAGUUUUAUAUGACUUCAUAUGACGCUAUGUUGUGUCAAUAGCUCCACGAUCAUGUACUACAGAGAACAAUCUGAAAGGGACUGACGUCACUGGGUCAAUGAUAUUAACGGAACAGACGGGAUAACGGACUUUGGAGCCACGUCCUCGAGCGUGUCUCUGUUCGGGACUGAGAUCUCCAGUCAAAACCCAGGAAAGAAACAUCAGAGCAAGUCUGCCGUGCCUGAAGAUGCUCGGCUGGCCAAUGGUGACAGCCUCUGCUCUGGCAGGCUGGAGAUGAAGCAUCGGGGAGAGUGGAGAGCUCUGAACAUUGUGGAGGAUGCGGCUUCAGCCAGGGACAAAGUCAAGUAUGCUCUAGUGGCAUGCAGGCAGAUGGACUGUGGCACUGUAGUUUCAAUAACACAGAGAACCAACAACACCGACAGGCAUCCAGCUUGGGAGGUUCAGUUCACCUGUGAAGGCACUGAGUCGACCCUGAAGGAGUGCGAGAGUACCAUGACACGUAGAAGAGUGCAGAGGAAAGAUAAUUCUACCUAUAGUGUGGAGGUGAUCUGCUCAGAGACUGUGAGGUUUGUUGGAGCAGCAGAAGUUUGCGGGGGCAACGUGGAGGUGAAGUCCGAUCAGGGUUGGGUCUCGGUGUGUGCGGAUGGCUUUGAUUCUGAGGCUCGAAAGGUGGUUUGCAGGGAGUUAGGCUGGGGGCCUCCAAGCUCCUUUACGUCAUCAUUAAGAAGAAAAGACGUGCCUGUCUUGUCCAAACAAUUCAAAUGUAAAGGCAACGAGUCUCGUCUUGAGGAGUGCGCCACAUCGACCCGCAACAACUGCACACGUGCCCCUGAAUUCGAAUGCAACAGUCCGUAUACUUUAAGAUUGACAGGAGGAGAAACUCAUUGCAAAGGCACACUGGAGGGAAUGCAUCAUGGAGAGUGGAGGCCCCUGGGUGAUAUUUGGGGUAACUGGAACUCAGAAUACUCUGCGGACGUUUGCAGGCAACUGGACUGUGGAGAUGCCAUCUCAACAUCAAUGGGUCUUCUCCCAGGAAGACAACCUGUGUGGCGUCUGUCAUACAGAUCUAAAACCUAUGGUUGCACUACUCCCUUCACGUGUAAAUCAUGGGAAGAGAAUCAUUCAGCCAGAGCCAUAACUGUGUCUUGUACAGACGGUGUGAGGAUUGCAAAAGAUUCCAGCAGAUGCUCAGGAAAGCUUGAGGUGAAGUCUGGUCAGUCGUGGGCUCGCGUGUGUUCGGAUUAUUUCAGCUCCUGGGAUGCACUGGUUGCCUGUCGAGAUCUUCACUGUGGGCUUCCUGAUGAUUACCAUGGGAGGUGGAAUGACAACUAUUUUAUAAAUACAGGACCCAUCUGGCACCCAGUCUUUAAGUGUGAAGGCAACGAGAAGCGUCUUGUGGAUUGUCCCACCACAGAAGAGGAACUGAGUGGUUGUCGAAAUACUUACCUGGCCUGUAUAGAUCGCCCACGUGAACCUUCUAUCAGCUUGUAUACCUCGCAAGGACAUGCUUCUGACAAUCCCACAAGGAUUUUCAAGGGCCAACGCUUUGCCAUCACUUGCUCUAAAUUUUCAAAAUACGAUAUAGCCUCUUACAGGCUAAGAAUUGGUGUUAACAGUGACAACCACACUGAGCAGACCCAGUCACCUGACACAGGGGAAGCCAUCUUCACCUUUCCUGCUGCAGAGGAUGCCGACCAAUUGGUUGUUGAAUGUGAUUACAACUUGAACGUCAGUUCUGAAAUUUACUCCACGUCAAAGACCAUCACUCUCACUGUAGAAGAGCCCAAUGAUGUGAGGUUGGUGAACACAAGAACCCGCUGUGCUGGUAGACUGGAGGUGCAGCAUCAGACAGAGUGGAGACCAUUGACCUUCCAGCACUCCUGGAGUCUGAAGGAGGCAGCUAUGGUGUGCAGACAGCUCAACUGCGGCUCCACUGUUUCAACCAGGAAAGUACACAAAUUAACUGAACCCCUGCCAGUGUGGCGCUUUUACUCUGACUGUGAUGGCUCUGAGCGAGCACUGAUGGACUGCGGGACAGUGAGACAGUGGCUUUCCUCUGCCACUGUUGAGGUUAUCUGCUCAGACAUCCUGCCUCGGCCGAAAAUUGAUAUUAACACUAUGUCGAUUGGGCCCCCUGACAAACAGAUGCAGGGUGCAGUGCUGUACAAGGGCCACAGCUUCACUGUCAUCUGCUCCGUGGAGCCACAAUACCCCAGAGGUCACUUCAGCCUCAUCUUCACUGGCUCCAACCAAACCCACAGCUACACCCAGCCUGCUGCCAAUAACUCUGCCUACUUCAUGAUCCCUGCUGCAGAAGAGGCUCACCAAGGGAACUGGAGCUGUGUUUAUCACAACUUUGUUUUCAAUCGUAACUUCUCUUCUGAGAGCCAGAGCCUAUCAGUCAUUGUCGAAGAGCGUUACGAUGUCGCGUUGGAUGAUGGAGUGCUCAGAGAUGUCGAUAUGAAAAUCUGUGCCGGCAAACUGUUGGCGAGCCUGGGCUAUGAGAUGAGACCUCUGAGCACAGAGUCCACAGUCUGGGACCUGAAGCAUGCCUCUGUGGUGUGUAGACAGCUGGGCUGUGGUUCUGUUGUUUCAACCAGAGAGAUUGAUCUUCACAAAAACACAGCUGUGGCGAGAUUCUACUCUGACUGUGAUGGAUCUGAGUCUGCACUGAUGAGCUGUGGAACUGUUAAUCCGCGGUUUUCCUCCUCUGCUGUUGAGGUGGUCUGCACAGGUUAGGGUAAACAAGAUUGAUUGAUUAUUGCAUGGAACAGACCUUUGACUUCCUUAGAGCUGGCUGAUGUAGAAAUCUUUGUUGAAUAUCAAAAGCUUAUACAUUGAUCUGACAGCUCUAACUGUACUCGGUGAGCGACUGCUUGUGGUCUGAGCUACUUUCACUGUAACAAAUGUCCAAAAUUGUAACAUUGACUUAAAAACAGCUCUUUAUAGUUUCUUUACAGCAGUCAUGUCUUUCUGUGAUGCAGUCAUUUAUAAAAAGUAUUUUCAA